UACAACUAUCCAGAGAAAGAAGCUUCGCAAGAUGACAAUUACUGUUCUGUUCUCUCACGCAGAUGCAGCACCCACAUACUCACUCCACUGGAGCCCCUUUUCCUGUCUCACCUUGAAAAACACACAAAGCUCUUCUUUUUCUGUCACUCUUUUCUGAGAUUUCACAAAUCAAAUCGCCCAGGUUGUAGUAGGCUAAUAGCAACUAGCAAUGGAGGAAGAUGACGACCUCAAGAAGCUCACCACCUCCUUCGUAGGCCUCAGCUUCUCCCUCUUUCUCGCAUUUCUGCCCAGAAAUGCACUCCCUUUGGUUCACACCCUGCAAUCUCGCCUGAGGGAGCUCUCGUUGAAGCUUUUUCAGGCUGAAGAGCAGCUAAGAAUAAUGAGAUCGAGGAGGCAAGAAGAUUCCAAGGCCAAUGCGAGGGUCGUCGAGAUUUUUGCUAGCCACCGCAACGCGUGGCAGGCGGAGGAGAAGCGGUUGCUUCACCAAAUCGAUUCCGCCACCGAAGAAAUCGCACAUUUGAGGACUAAGGUUGCGGAAUUCGAGAUGUCCGAGGCGGAAUCGAAAGCUCGGAUUGAGGAAUUGGAGAGGGAAGUGAGAGAAAGGGACGAGAUGCUCAGCUUCAUGUCGAGGGGGCACGGUGGGGAGGACGAAGGGGAGGAAUUGGAUGCGUGUCAGAGCAGGGAAUACGGCGGGGACGACCAUAGAGAGUGGUUUCAGAGGGACUCGAAGGAGUGUAUGCCUGGAACAAAUAGCAAUGUCGAGGAAGUCGAUGUUUUCUAUGAACAGAGUCAGAGGUAUCUACCGCUUGAAAAUGGGUUUGAUUCUGAGUUUCUGGCCUCUGCUUCAAAGUUUUGGGCAGAAAGAGCCACACUCUUGCAGGAUGUGCAGCAUGAAUCCCAUGAAUCAAUGUAUAACACGAAGCAUUUUGUGGCAAGAAGGGAGUCCCCUUGGAAGGUAGAUGGUGAUUCAGCUGGAGUCUCCUCCAAACUCAAAUUACUUGAACAGGAACUGUUAAAUCUUGAAAACAUUGGUAAGGGUGAUCUAUCAAAGGUGCCAUCUUUAAUGAGGAAGCAGGCCAAGAGAUAUCAAGCCCUUUCAGAAAAGAUUGAUGACUUAUGCAGAAGAAUACAGGGGAGUGAUCCAUGUGAACCGACCCUGACUACAGAAUUCCGAACACAGCGACAAACCGAGUUUUUGCUGGAGGCAUUUCGGCUUCAGCAGAGGGCAUCGGAAACAGGGGAGAAGCUGAUUGCAUUGCAGAGUGAAGUUGGGAAGAGCUAUUACAGGGAGGAGCUAGGCGGCACGAGGAGGUCAUUAGACUCCAUAAGGAACAACUUGAAAGAGAUACAGAGAAAUCUGGAGAUAUGGCUGGCCAGAAUCAUCGGAGAUCUUGAAGGUAUUCUGGCAAGGGAUGGAGCAUCUAGAGUAAGAGAGUAUUAUAUCUCUAGAUAUCCUUUUGUUCAGUAGUAGGACACUGAUCUGAAGAGGAGGGCAUCUCUUUACCUAAGAAAUCGGUUAGUUUGGUAUGUUUGAUUCCAGAAAGCCAUAAAAGUGGUGGUGGUUGAAUAUGUUAGUCAAAUGAAAUUAUAUAUAUAUCACUUGUGUUUUUGGUGGCAUGGCCCUCCAUCCUUAAA